GUGACAUUAGACUGUAAAUGCUUGUUGAUGCAAUAGUUUGAAUAAAGCUGAGCUGCUGCUAUUUGGCUGCUUGCAAGUGAUCACCGUUUGUUUGUAUCACGUGACGUUCUUGAAGAUACUCGGUUUCUAGCCGAGUUGCGUCAUGCGCAUUUCCAUGGAGACCAACGACAGCUCGAGGAUCGCGUAGCUAUUACUUGGUAUUGAAGUGGCACGAUGUCCAAUAAAAGCAAGGAGUUUUCUUGGGUGACAAACGGCCCUCCUUUUCAUCACAUGCUUCGGGCGUCUGGGCAAGCUGAGGUCUGGGAUGAUUUUACCGACGAGGCGAAAUUUCGUCAGUAUGGUUGGCGAUGUUCAACGAAUGAAGACUCUUAUUCGAAUGCCACCCUCAUUGGGAACUGGUCAGAGGAGAGGUUUGACACUCGCCGUGCUGUGGCGUUACGACGCCCCCUUCCGCAUCAGUUCUCCCACUACUUUGAAACCACAUAUUAUUCCAGCUACAAGAAAGAUGUCAUUCGGCCGGUCUACACAACCCCAAAGAGAGAGUCAAGAAGCUUCCCUGGCCACCAACCAGAGCUGGACCCUCCACAAACUAAGUGUGUGCCAAACUCCUGCUACAGACUGGACUUUAAAGGCCUUCAACAUAAGAAAUAGUGAGGAAGACUACAGAGCCUCAGUGCGGGAGUGUAGCAGAGACAAACUGAAGCCUUUGGCAGAGAAAUUUGGCUCCCAAAAUUAUAUUAGCUUUAGUAGCCUCUAACCGACUUCUGUGAGUGAACCAUUGUCAAAUAUUGAUAAAAAAUAUUCUUAUGUUUUGCUCAAGCAUGUGUC